AUGAAAAGCGGCCGAUUGCGUUUCAAUGUAAUGUUGAUCGCCCAGGAUAAACUCCGUGAACGUGAUCUGUUCGUCUCCAUCUUUAUCCAGACGCCGGAACUCUGCAAUAACAAAGCAAUGUUGUCCAUGAACAUCGAUUCAUUCGAACAACUCACAACCCGAAUCGGACGUUUACGUUUAAAAAGACGUGGAUCAAUUCCGGUUUUGACAAUAUUCGUCGUUUACGCGCCGACAUCAAACUAUGACGGAGAAGAAGUCGAAGCGUUCUGUAUGGACUUGGAGAAGUUCCACAGAAAAGACCACACAUUCUUUAAGGUUAUCAUUGGAGUGUUCAACGCCAAGAUUGGACCAAGAAAAACGUCUGGAGAACGUUACAUUCGGGCCGACGAAUUAGAAUGGAACGAGCUGGGUCAACGGCUGUCUGAGUUUACCAUGACGACCAGGACCAUUCGUAGUAACUUCCAAUAUUAG